UGCAGGGGCGCGCUUGGCGCACGCGCAGUGAGGUGCUCUUGCCCUGUCGUCUCUUCUGCCGACCAUGCCGACUGUCAGCGUGAAGCGGGAUUUGCUCUUCCAAGCGCUGGGCAAGAGCUACACUGAUGAAGAAUUUGAUGAACUAUGCUUUGAGUUUGGAUUGGAACUUGAUGAAAUUACUUCUGAGAAGGAAAUAAUAAGCAAAGAGAAAGGUGGUGAAAAGGCUGAGGGUGCAUCAGAAAUCAUUCUCUAUAAAAUUGAUGUUCCUGCUAACCGAUAUGACCUUCUUUGCUUGGAAGGUCUCGUCAGAGGACUUCAGGUCUUUAAAGAAAGAAUUAGGGCUCCAAGAUACAAGAAGAUCACACCACCUAAUGGUGAAAUUCAAAAGCUGACCAUCACUGAAGAGACUACUCAAGUCCGUCCUUAUGCUGUGGCUGCAGUGCUUCGUAAUAUAACUCUUGACAAGAACCGCUAUGAUAGCCUUAUUGAUCUACAAGAAAAAUUACAUCAAAAUAUAUGCAGGAAAAGAUCAUUGGUAGCAAUUGGUACCCACGAUCUUGACACAAUCUCUGGCCCAUUUACAUACACAGCUAAGCCACCAUCUGAAAUUAAAUUCAAACCUUUGAAUCAGGACAAGGAAUACAAUGCUUCUGAAAUCAUGGAUCUGUACAGGACGGAUAGUCAUCUGAGGCAUUAUCUACACAUUAUUGAAAAUGAACCCCUUUACCCAGUUAUCUAUGAUAGGAAUGGUGUUGUGCUUUCAAUGCCACCGAUAAUUAAUGGGGACCAUACAAAAAUAAGUCUUAACACCAGAAAUGUGUUCAUUGAAUGUACAGCCACAGAUCUUACCAAGGCGAAGAUUGUCCUUGACAUCCUUGUCACAAUGUUCAGUGAAUACUGUCAGAAGCCAUUCACUGUUGAAGCAGCAGAAGUAACUUACCCUAAUGGAAAAAGCUACAAUUUUCCAGAGCUGGCUUAUCGUCGGGAAAAGAUAAAGCCUGAAAUACUGAAUAAGAAAAUUGGAAUUAGUGAGACUCCAUCAAACCUUGCAAAGCUGCUCACCAGGAUGUGUUUGAAGUCACACGUCAUAGCGAAUGGGAACAAUAUAGAGGUUGAAAUCCCUCCUACCAGAGCUGACAUUAUCCAUGCAUGUGAUAUCAUAGAAGACGCAGCAAUAGCGUAUGGCUAUAAUAACAUUCAGAUGACUAUUCCGAAAACAUACACCAUAGCUAAUCAACUUCCUCUCAAUAAGCUCACAGAACUUCUGAGACAAGAUUUGGCAGCGGCAGGCUUUACCGAAGUGCUCACUUUUUCUCUGUGUUCCCAAGAAGACAUUGCUAAUAAACUGGGAGUUGACAUCUCUACAACGAAAGCUGUGCAUAUAGCAAAUCCCAAAACAGCAGAAUUUCAGGUGGCGCGCACUACUCUCUUGCCUGGUCUUCUGAAAACUAUUGCUGCUAACAGGAAAAUGCCUUUACCUCUGAAACUCUUUGAAAUCUCUGACAUUGUAGUGAAAGAUUCCACCAUAGAUGUUGGUACAAGAAACCAUAGGCAUCUUUGUGCUGUCUACUAUAACAAAAACCCUGGUUUCGAGAUAAUUCAUGGAUUGCUCGAUAGAGUCAUGCAGCUGCUGGAUAUCCCACCAAGUAAAGAGAAGGGAUAUUAUAUUAAAGCAACUGAAGACCCUGCUUUUUUCCCUGGACGCUGUGCUGAGAUCUUUGCAAAAGGGCAGAUUAUUGGGAAGCUAGGAGUACUCCACCCUGACGUCGUCACCCAAUUUGAGCUCACCAUGCCCUGCUCUGCCCUAGAAAUCACAAUUGAGCCUUUCGUGUGAAAUCCUGACAACAGCAUGCUUCUUCAGUCCACAUAGUUCUGUUUCCUCCCCCCUCCCAAAAAGUCCACAUAGUUCUGUUUCCAAGAUGGUCUGUUUCUACCAUUGGGCACUGUCCCUAAUUUUAAUAAAUUAGGCAAUGAAAUAGACAA